CCGACAUGUUCAUUUUCAUGUAGACUAUUAUAGAUGACCUCCACGGUUACGACCCGCACUCACGUUCGGAUAGAUACAGAGUACAGCGCUGACGCUGUUGAGUUCUGUCCGAUACAUCCCUUUACGCAUGUGGUAGCGGUUGGAACUUAUCAAGUGGUCAAAGACGGUAACCUCUGGUCCCCAGACGCAAAUGGGAAUAUAAAGGAGACGACAACAGAAAUCGCGGAGGACAAGGGAAAUUUCAAUACCGGUAGGCUUGGUCGACUCUUAUUGUUCGGUUUGACAGAGUCGGGAGAGAAUGAAGAAUCCAUCGUAGCGAAGGAGGUUUUCCGGAUGGAAACUGGUGCCAUUCUUGAUAUGAAAUGGUCACACCAUCCAGUUGAUGGUCAGGCGUACUUGGGGCUUGUCGAUGCGUUGGGACAAACGCAGCUUCUUGGCUUGAAUGAGGGCUCUGAGGAGCUGGUGCCAAAGGCCUCACAUUCUAACGGGAAGGAUGGAGUCCUCAGUCUAUCCCUGGACUGGUCAAAUCGCGUCAAUAACAGCGAUCCACGAAUUAUAAUCAGCGAAAGCGAUGGAAAUAUUGCCCGCCUUUCAAUAACCGGCGGGUCGAUUGUGCGAAGCGAAGAAUGGCACGCACAUGAAUUUGAAGCUUGGAUCUCGGCCUUUAAUUACUGGGAGACGGAGAUUGUUUAUACUGGUGGCGACGACUGUACUCUCAAAGGAUGGGACCUUCGAAUGAACCCGGCGUCACCCACUUUUACGAAUAGAAGGCAUCAGGCCGGAGUUUGCAGUAUUCAAUCGCAUCCUCAUCGCCAACAUAUACUUGCAACCGGAAGCUACGAUGAAAGCAUCAUGAUCUGGGACACACGAAAAAUGCGCACCCCAUUAUUAGAACAUCAUACGGGGGGAGGAGUCUGGCGUCUGAAAUGGCACCCGACAGACCCCGGGCAGCUGCUCGCUGCAUGUAUGCACAAUGGCUUUCACAUCCUAAACGUCGAUACAGACGCAACUCGAUGUGAAACUGUGUGCAGCUAUAUGGAGCAUACCUCCCUUGCCUACGGUGCAGACUGGUGCUAUUCUAACCUCAAGCCAAAGCUAGAAGAAACUUCUGUCCGAAAAUCGGCAAAGGACACUUUGGGAACAUGUUCAUUUUAUGAUCACAUUUUCCACGUGUGGGAUGUUGCACAGCCUCUUCGAUGACUGCACAAAAGUUGCGGAAUCUAUUAGCACCUGAACAUUAUCUACUCUCUUUAUGAUCGUAAUGGAGGGCCUAUAUGUCGUAGGGUAUCGUGUUCUGACACAAGAGGAGGUGGAGGUGAUCCGUUUCUGCGUGCGACGUACAAACCGAGACCCUUACGUGGAAGUGAAUGAGCCGGCGGACCCCACUGUCGAACUUCUCCUAGAAGGUAUUCGCUUUUCGUAUUCUGGAUAUUUGAAAUGUUAGAAACCCAUAUAAAAUCAUUGAUCAAACGGUGUGUACAUACUGGACCGAAUGGCAAAGGUGCAGUUUGCACAGCUACGUCGCGAUAUGCUUCAUGGUCUGAUGAACUAGACUGCAAAUUUUCUUUUUGCGUUGACGGUAU